AUGACAUUUCAAUCGAUAUUCAUAAUACUAAUCCAUAUUGAUUUGAUAUUUGGAGCAUCAUCUGGAAGACUAUCCAAGGAGGAGAAUGAGAAUCGGUUGAAUACUUGUGACACCGAAGCGAUUCAAGAGGUAGUGAGAUCAUUGAAGUUCACUCCUCUGAGCUGCUAUAAUUCCAAGGAUUCAAAGUGCAAGAAUCUGACAACAACUGCUGUCAGAGCAUUCCUCCCUUUCAUUUGUCAUAAGUAUAUUAGGGACAAUUUCCAUCACUUAUUUUCUCCAAUGAUCGUGGAGAGUGGAAUUUGUGGACGGACUAAAACUACAACUCCAAAAAUAACGACAACAACAUCUACAGUAACCCUUCCGACUACUUCUAAAACUACGACUUUAAAAACAACUUCUGAAGCUAGGACGGCUACGGUAUCUUCGUGGACUAAAACAACAACUCCAAAACCAACGAAAAGAUCUACAGUAACCCUUCCGACUAAAUCUAAAAGCACGACUUUAAUAACGACUCCUGAAACCAGGACAACCAGAAUAUCUUUAUCAGAAUUUAUAACGUCACGUAUCACGUCUUCAAAAGCGUCAAAAACAACUUCUAAGUUUCGUAGAGCAUUUACUACGUCUUCUAGAACUACAACUUCAAAAACUACUUUUGAAGCCAGGACGACAAGAAUAUCUUUGCAUUCUACUGAUAAUUUGAAGACGUCUACUGAAGCUAUGACAACAAAGGUUAUGACGUCACGGGUCACGUCUUCAGAAGCGUCUUCUAAGUCUAUUGAAGCAUCCAAGACAACUUCUGAAGCAUCCUCUUCUUUGGUCCCGUUCACACGUUCUGAUGGUUUGACUGGAAUCUCUAAUCCAACGUCUUCUUCCUCUUCUGAUUUUCCAAUUUCAUCAAAGGAAACAACAACUGAAGGUCCCAAAACAACAUCAACCCUUCCAUCUCCAAAACUGAUUCAGAAGCCCACGACGUCAACAAAACGAGAAGAACCAGAGUACGACUAUGAAGAGUAUGAGGAGGAUCAGGAAUCUCCAAUGACCCAAGAAUUGGAAUACGAGGAUUUUUUGGAUCAAAGUAUGGAAAAUGGAGGGGCUGAGACCCGAGAAUAUGCUUGUACCAGACAAUCAUCCAGAGCUUCCAAAUCGGAGUGCAUGCUGAGAUUUGGAGAAUUAUCAGCAAUCAAUGAUAAUGGAUGUUUCAUGCACUUUGACUCAGAAAAACAAGAAUCCAUCGAACUGUGCCCGCUUCAAUGUCAGAGAUUUAACGAGGCAACUAUUCUGAAAUCUUCUGACUCCCUAAUCUGCUCGCCAGGAGUGGCCGUUGGAGUGGAACGCCGUCAGAGUGAUUGGUUUAUGUGGAGAAGUGGAGCAUGUAAAUCCAGUGACGUCAUCUUCCAAAUUGAAUGCUCCACGAGCCAAAUGAAAGAAGAGGAACAACUCGUCGAAGUGAACGAGGAAAUUCAACCAAUUGUCGAAGAAGUGCCAGUUAUGAGAAUGGAAACAGAUAAUGGAAUUUCGGAAGAUAUGGAUAGAAUGACUUCCUCCAUCGAAGACAUCACUUCUGGAACUGAGAAGACUCAAGAAUCGACCACGACACAUUCUGAAACUAACCAAACGCCACUCCCAGAAACCGCCGAGCAAGAAGACGAUCUUCCAGAAAAAGUCGACACUCUUCUAGGAUUCCUCUUCCCAUCCUACAGAAAAAAGGCGUUGAGUCAGUAA